AUGAACCGUCACGAGAAGGACACAGGUCUGUGGUUCCUGCGUUCUCAGGCAUGGCUCGGUUGGGUCGACAAGGGAACCCGAUUCAUCUGGAUCUAUGGGAUUCCUGGAGCUGGCAAGACCAUAUUGGCCUCAUUCAUCGUCCAGAACAUUCCCCGGUCGGCGAAGACUACGGGCAUGGCUUACUAUUACUGCUACUUUGGCCACAACCAGGAUGCGAGUCUUCCACUGCUAAGGUGGAUCUUAAGUGAGCUGGUGGCCCAGUCACCGGAAUCUCCCAAAAAGCUGGACUUGAUGCAAAGAGGCAAAAUCGUGGUAUCCAAGGAGAACUGCUUGGAUUGUUUGAGCGAGCUUAUCGGUAACUUCGACGUCGUUUACAUUGUCGUCGAUGCUUUGGACGAAAGCCGGGAGCCUCGCGACGGACUACUAAGUCUCAUCAACGUGUUAGCAACGGAUGACCGGUUCGCAAAAAUCCAGCUUCUGGCGAUGAGUAGAGAAUAUUCUGACAUAGGUUCCGCACUUACAAACAUCGCGGUCUCGGUGCCUAUGGAUGUUGCAUCCGUACGGGAAGAUAUCCGUACUCACGUCAAAUCGAUAUUGAGUACCAAUCGGAGGUUCGUCAAAUGGCCUUCGUAUCUUCGUACCGAAGUCGAAGACGCAUUGGCCGUCGGUGCAAAGGGAAUGUUUCGCUGGGCCAUCUGCCAGCUUGAUAUUCUCCAGCGAUUGCAGACUGUGGCAGACAUACGAGCAGCGUUGAAAGACUUGCCUGAGACCCUGGACGAUACUUAUGAGCGGAUUUUUGGUUCGAUAUCUCGGUAUGACCGGACUAUUGUGCAACGAGUCCUGGCAAUACUAUGCUCACUCCCCAUCCGGGCUAAUGGCCUCAAUCUCCACAUCCUAUGGUCUAUGGUCAUCGAGGAAUGUAAAUACGAUACUGACGACGAGCAAGCGAUUCUCGGCAACGAAGACACACUGAAGGACGUCUGCGGCUGCCUCGUUACGAGCGCGGGCACCCAGCUCGUGAAGCUGGCCCAUUUCACCGUGCACGAAUUUUUGGUUUCCACAAGGAUAUGGAAAAACCGGAACGCUGACGUCCGCUUCUUCGCGACGUCGAACGAGAUGUCAAAUUUGGAAUUCACUAGAAUCGCUCUCGAUGGUGCUAAUAGCGUCACCUUCGUGCACCCUGGGCUGUUCGACUACGACAACAACCUUUACGACCACUUGAUUUGCUCUUCGUGGUGUAUGAUUCGUAUUCGGGGCGACAGCCUUCGAGAGGCUGCCGACCUCGAGGCUGUAUUCGCCUUUUUGAAUCCGUGCAGGCCCCAUUUCCUACGAUUGUGCUGUGCUGCUACGAGAUUUUCCCAUCCCACUCCUGACCUAGAGGAGCCCGGCUUGGACCAAGCAGACGCGAUGAUACUAUGGGUACUCGUAGAAAACGGGUUGUCCUCGUUAGCGGACAGGUUCUUGGAAUCAAGAGACAUCGCGCAGAUUUUGGAUUCCCAAAUCGCAAUUCUACACAAUCCGUAUGACACCUCGCCCAUGUCUACGCGCGGUGUAGUCUCCUCGGUUGCGGGAGACUGCUCAUACAAAGGGUCACUAUCGAACCAUAUCAGGAGCGACUCGAGCAGGUUAUCCCUUUUUCGAUCGUUUCUCACCGACAGAUUUCCCGCGAUGAUGAGUAAGGUGGAAUGGAAAUAUUGGGCCAGGUCUCCAGAGCUGCCUAGUGGCCAGGGCGUUGGAUUGGUAGGCAGAGAUCUCAGAAAACCUUCCACAGCCACCCGCAGCAGCUAG